AUGACUCCGCAGGCAUCGCCAUGCUACAGCACCAGAAAGCUGAUCAGCGCACAAACCACCGAUCAGCCGACUGGCACCAUGGGUCAGGACCAAGGGGCCAAUAUAAACCGCCUCGACUUCCUGCGGCACUUCGAGACACUCAAUGCGGCACUAUCUCUAGCCGCCCCAUCCUCGACGUUCUUUACAAUCGAAAUAAGAUGA